GGUACACACUCAUUCCAACUUCCAUGAUUUUAGGAUUUGGAGGCGCUCCCUUGUGGGCUGCAAAAUGCACAUACCUUACAGUGAGUGGAAAUCGAUAUGCGGAGAAAUCAGGAAAGGUCGCAAAAGAUAUUGUCAAUCAAUAUUUUGGACUUUUUUUUCUUAUAUUCCAAUCAUCUGGUGUAUGGGGGAAUCUGAUCUCUUCAUUAAUAUUUGGCCAAACACCAACUACAGGUAAGAGCUAAGUAGAGUAUUCUGCCAAUAUACUUUUUUUGGUUAAAUAUUUUCAGUUUUCUCGUCAUAUAUAGGUCAGACAAGAAAUGUAACAGAUACAUUGACACUCUAAAAUAAACAGUGUUUGUAUUUAAAUAAAUAAAGAUCGAGAGGAGAUAUAUGAUAGUGAAGUGUUUAUUAUUUAAAAAUAAUCUGUGGUCUCUGGACACAUCAUAAACCAAAUGACAGAAGGUCAAGGAGUUUAUUGGCGACCUUUUCCCCUAACACGUUAAGUUUAUUACUGACUAUUUCUAGAUACUUUUUUCAGAUGUACAAUGUAUGAGUGCAUAAAUAGUAUAACUAACAUGACAUUUAUUACUUCUCUGAAUAGGUUACAACUUGAGUACUUCAAGCUAUGAACAUUGUGGGGCAAAUGACUGUCCAUAUUUGAAUAUUACUAAUGCAAAUUCUGCAAGUUCAACACAACCAACACAGAGCUUAAAAUAUACUCUUUUAGGAAUAUAUACAGGUAAAAAUGAUAUACCUCUUUAUGAACAUUGGUAACUGUGGCAAACCUAGCCACUUAUACUAACAUGGACUAUAUGUUUAAAAAGGUUGCCUGUAUUCUUAUUGUAAUUUCUUAUAUUCCCUGGCUGUACCCUGCAUAUUAUUGUAUGUUACAUUGACUUCGUCAGCUAGCUGCCAAACGCAGAUAGCAUUCAUGUGUUUCGUUUCACGAACAGCACCUUUGCAGGCUGUUCGUGAACCGAAUGAGCUAUCCCUUAAUAGCCCACACAGAGAGGGACGUGUGGCGCUCAUUAACCGAUUGCAACAACGCUGCAAUCGGUAAUUAGAGGCUUUCCUAGGUGGCCGUCGUUUGGCUACUGACCACGCGGCGGUCAGCCAUCUUGGAUCCUUUGUCUCCCCAGCGGUGUUUGGUCAUCGAGCGCGUGGUACUGAAAACGGCUACGGCGCAAACACCGCUGGGCUUCCAGGCCAUUCGGGAGCUCCGGUCUUUUCGCCAUUAGGGUUCCCCAUCGGUGUUCGGUACUUUGGGUCGAACUCUAUGGCAAAGUGUAUUUCGUGUGGCAUUCGGUUGUUUUAGCUGGGAUCUGAGUGGUAUUCUCAUGAACUGUGCACUCAGACCCCAGCUAUCUACCAAACAUCCAUUCGUUUAAAUCUACCGAGUAUUGUAAAAGUUAUGGAUUUUAAUGUGAAUUGUCGGUUCUGCGGCACGGAGGGAUAAUCCACUUAACGGUACAGUCCAGUGGGAGUAUCCCUCUCGUGCAGCAGUGCCUGAUGGGAGAAAUGCUCUGUGAUUUAAGUUUGCCAUGUAGUCCACUCCUGUAAUACCCCUGUGAUGUGACUCAGGAAACCCCUUGCAUGGGGAAUUGUAUAAAUACUGGAGCGUGUGAAUAAAGACCUCAGUUGACUCCCAGAACUGUGUUUAGUCCGGUUACUGGGGGAUUUGGGACAUUGCCUUACUUUUCAGCGCUUGACUGUGGAUUACCUUCUGUACCAGCGGAGUUCGUGGGAUUUAAUAUUGCCGCUCCGCUACAGUAACCAUAUGCAAAACUACAAUGGGUAAUAAGAGUGUGCCUAAAAAGUUUAAGAGACUACAUGGUAUUCCUCUAUUGUGCAGUAUUUGAACAGCAUCUGCCAACUCUUACAUUGUAGUCACAUAUAAAUAGAUAAAUGAAAAAUAAUCAAACAUUCUUGUUCAUUAUUAUUUGUUAGACAUAUAUUAGCUUUUCUAUGAAUGCAGCAUUCAGAAACGCCAACAGAAUGUAAAAAUAAUGUCUUUAUAUGGGUAUAAUGCCAACCUACAGUAAGUACAAAAACACUAAACAUUUGUAUAAAACACAGCAUUGAUGACUCCUAUUACAGCAUGUAGGAAUCCCCAAAGUGUGUAUUUUGAGCUCGCAUUCUCUUUUCAGAGAAAAUGCAGUAUUUACAAUACAGCCUAAGGACACCUCCAGUGGCCACUCCUCACUGGCCACUGGAAGUGCUUCCUGGGUCAGUGCUGCACAGUGUGCUGCACUGACAUUGUGUCUCCAUGCUCUGCUUGGAGAUGCUGAACUUUCCCCACAGAGAUGCAUUUAUUCAAUGCAUCUCUACAGGGCCGCCAUGAGAAAUUCUGGGGCCCCUAACACAGCUCUAGGUCUGGGUCCCCGGGUGCCCACCUCCAAUCCCACCUCCAAAUCCUGCCCACAGGAAUACACACACACACAGACACAAAAUGACACAGACACACACACAGAAAGAUACACAAAUGCUGAAACAGACAUACACACAUACAGGCAUACUGACACACAUAUGCUGAAACAGACACACACAUAUACAGACACACACAUUCAUAAGGAGAUACACACACACAUACACUGACGUACAUACAUACUCGCAUACUGACACACACACAUACAUACUGACAGACAUACAUGCAUACUGACAUACAUACACACAUUCAUACUGAUAUAUACAUACAUACAGGCAUACACACACACACAUAGAUAUAUACCCACAUACAUACUGACAUACAUACAUACACAUACAUACAUAGAUACACACAUACAUACUGACAGAUAUAUACAUACAUACAUACUGACAUACACACACACACAGACAUACUUACAUACAUACAUACUGACAUACACACAUACUGACAAACUGACAUACAGACACAUACAUACAUUCUGAUAUAUACCUCAUUUUUAAGCCACCCUCCUAUUCCUUACCUUUAAGUUGCAGGAGGGUGGCUGGGGAUGAUGGGAGCGGAUUCCUCUUCUCUGCAGUCUCUCCCCUUCCCGUGAUGAGUAAGCUGGGAGGAAGUGGCCGGCCAUCACUUCCUCCCAGCAGCAUUUGCGGUGCAACCGCAUUUUUUUUUUUUUUAAAGGGGCCCGGUCCUAUUAAAGCGCUGACCACCCCCUGAAGAUAUAGGGCUCAUUGGGUGGCCCUAAAUGCACCUGCGGCAGUUUCGCAGCUCCACGUAGGGCCUGGGCCGUCAUGGUUGUCACCCCCUGAUGGCGGCUCUGCAUAUCUCUGAGGAUAUGCUGAUUAGCCAGAACAGUAUUUGGAUCCACUCCCAGCCCAUCUCGUUGGCUGAGAUAAUCAGAAUUGACCAUCUCAGCAUUGUAGGAAAGCAUUGUAUUGGCUGAGAUUGUCAAUUCUUAUGAUGUCAGGCAAGGAGGUGGUUUGCGGAUGGAGCCAGCACCAGUGGACCCACGUGGGCUGGAAAUAGGUAAGUUUUUACUAGCUUUAGGGGAAACCAGGGGGAUAAUAGUUAGUUUAACACUACAGGGUCAAAAAUGCGCAAUUGUGUUCCAGCCCUAUAUUGCUCCUUUAAGGUUUUUAGUGAUCAUCCCACAAUAUGAUGUCUGAAAACUAUACAAUGUUACAGUUGAACUGAAUGAAAAAUCAUGGGUACGUUUCAGUAUAUUUUACUUUGCUAUCACAUAGAGUUUUGUCACAUUGCAUCCUAUCAUCCUAUACCUUUAAUCCAUUUUUAAUCACUCUAGCAGUUUACAACUCUACCUUUAUAUCUUGCUCUUUCAGUAAUACCAUGACUGAACUAUAGCUAUCUAUGGAGCUACAGUCCUAAUACUUUAUUGUAAAUUCUUCUAGCAAACUAUAGAAGUUUAUUUUACCCCACUCCCCUUAGAAUGUAACUUAUUUGAGAGAGCCCUCAGCAGCUUCUGCUUCUGUUCGUCCGACGUGUUUUGUUUCCAGUUCUUGAUUUCUGGUCCACCUAUUUAACAGUGCUGCAGCAUUUGUUGGGUUUUAUAAAUGAUAGCAGUGAUAACAUUUGUCUCCUGUGUAGAAUAUUGCAUACCUCUCCUGACAGACACAAAAGUGUUGCACCAGUUGUGUGGUCAAAUGGAACCCCAAUCCCUAAUAGAUAUUUAUAUAUGUUAAGUAGUGAUGUCCCGAACGGUUCGCGAACGGUUCACCGCGAACUCAUCAUUCCAGGUCAGCUCACUAAGAAUGCAGCUUCAAAAUGGAUGCUGUCCAGGAGGUGGGAGGGUCUGGGAGGGAGGGUCUGCUGCUGAUUGGCUGGAAUGAUGAGUCCGUGGCGAACCGUUCGUGGCGAACCGUUCACGAACCGUUCGCGAACCGUUCGGGACAUCACUAAUGUUAAGUAUAUAUAUUUUCUACUGACUUUUUGUUAUUUGAUUUGCCAUCAUGAGUUAUCACAAUGUAAAAGCUAGUAUUUUUUAGUUAAAACAGUUUGUAUCACUAUGAACUAGCCCACUAAAACUGUAGAAUAAGUAAAACACCAAUAUAAUUUAUGACGUACUAUGUAACUUUUCUUUACAUAAUAUGAUAGCCGAUGUAGAGAGAAAUAAAAACCUAAACAUAGAUUUCAUCAGGAACCACUAGGUGGCAUAAAAGGAAAAGAUAAGCAAGCACAAAUUAAAACCAAAUUUCAACACAAUUUAAAAAAAAGUGGUAAUAGAGUGAAUGCCGGAAUUGUAAGUGUAUACUUAGAUAUAGUUAUAUUUGUUUACUAUAAAUCGUACGAUAUUUUAAUCAAAUAUACAAGCUUUAGGAAUGCAAUUGAAAUGGGGGGAUAUGAUAGAAACAUUUAAAUAUAUAAAGGGAAUCAACACAGUAAAGGUGGAGACUAUAUUUAAAAGAAGAAAAACUACCACAACAAGAGGACAUAGUCUUAAAUUAGAGGGACAAAGGUUUUAAAAAUAAUAUCAGGAAGUAUUACUUUACUGAGAGGGUAGUGGAUGCAUGGAAUAGCCUUCCAGCUGAAGUGGUAGAGGUUAACACAGUAAAAGGAGUUUAAGCAUGCGUGGGAUAGGCAUAAGGCUAUCCUAACUAUAAGAUAAGACUAGGGACUAAUGAAAGUAUUUAGAAAAUUGGGCAGACUAGAUGGGCCGAAUGGUUCUUAUCUGCCGUCACAUUCUAUGUUUCUAUGUUUCUAUGUUUCUAUGAAAUGAAGAAGCAUAUAUUAAGAGUACAAAUUAAUCUGCUAUUUUAGGGUCAAGAGGGAAUUUUUUUCAUAAUUUGUUGCAAAAUUGGAAGUGCUUCAAACUGAGAUUUUUUUGCCCUUAUUUGGAUCAACAACAAAAAAUAAAAUAUGAGGAAGGCGGAACUUGAUGGACACAUGUCUCUUUUCAGCCUAUGUUACUAUGUAACUAUGAAAUCAGUAAUGCAAGGCUUUUUUGGUACAGCGUGGAAUUCGGUACAAAUGGAAAGCCUACAUGUCGCUCAUGAAUGCAUAUGCAAAGUCUGAGAGUCAUAAAUUUGUGUUCCUGUGUCUACAUAUACAGGCCAUUUUGUGACUGUUGUAACAAUACUUUUUGUCACUCUGUUGUAAUACUUUUAAUUAAAGAACCCCUGCACAACCAAAAAGCACUUCAGCUUGAUGAAGUUCAUUAUGGGUCUGGGGUAUCCUAGUUUAACCCCAGUUUAUAAAAGUGCCGAUUACUAUGACAUUUCUAUGAUUUUUUUUUUUUAAAUGACUAGGAAACACCCCCCUGGCUGUCAAUCAAACAGCCAGGGAGGUUUUCAGUCUCCUUCCAUUAACUCGCCUGAGCUAACGGAAGUGGCAGGCACUUUCUUCAGCGUACCUGCCUCCUUACACACAGACCUCAGACUAGCUCUUUAACUCCACAGACUUCAGACCUCAGCUUUUGGAAGCUAUUUAAAGAUCUACUCCCAAUGAAUACAUGCAUGAAAAAUUUAAAUUUCUACUAAACAGUGAUUUAUUUGGUCAGUGGAGUGUUUCUUUAAUAUUUUCUGCAACGUUGACACAGUAUAGAUAUUUAACUGUUCUUGUACCGGAGAGCUGGUAUUUCCCAGGUUAUCUCCACUAAAGAUCCCAGUGAGGCUCAGGAACAAGCAAUAAAAUCCCAUAUAACAAUAGUCACAGCAAGCAAGGUAAUCCACGAAUAUCCCAAUACAGAUCCCAAUAACUGGACGACAAACAGCAUCAGGAGCAGAACUGAUGUUUAAUCCCUCCUUUUAAGCAAUUCUCCCAUGCAAAAGAGACACCCACCAUAAUUAUUACAAUAACCAAUCGGGUACAAGGUACAACCCACACAUCUCCUCCCCUCAGAUAAACAUUUAACAUAAUUAAACGGUACACAAUUUUCCCCAAGUUCUAGAUGUACCCCAAAUACAUAAGGUACACCCCUAAAUAUCCCCUGAUAGCCCUGAUGGUAUCCCCUGAUAGCCCUAAACUGGGUGAGCAACAUACUCAAAAAUUACCCAGAUCGGACCGAGGGUUCAGGAGUUAUGGAGGUGUAAAGUUUUGACUGACCGCACAGGCAACAGUAGCCGAAAACAGUUCCAUGAGUUUUGGCCUUGCGGUCGGUCACUUUUUGUGUCUAAGAAGUCCCGAACUUAAUGCCAUCCAGAGCUGUGUUUGCAUUCGGAUGAAUCCCCUUGUUCGUGGGAUUCAAACUACCAAAUGGCAGGCCGUUCAGGAGUUUCUAUCAGUCUCUUCCAUAGCUCUGGAGGUCUCAGCGGUGUUUGCUCAGUCGAGUGUCUGAUUUUAGUUCCAGACACUCGACAGCAAAACACCGCUGUUCGCCGCCACGUGUUUGGCUCCCGAAAUGGCGGCCACCCAGGGACUUUAACAACGAGUUCGUGCUUUUCAAUGGGAAAUUCAAUAAAGCGAACAGGGGGGUAAAUUACAGCCACCCUUCACAUCAGGGUGGCCUGGUUAUUCGAUAGUUUUACUCAUAUAAUAAACGGAGUGAAACUACCGAAUAAUCAGAUGAAUACUGCAUAUAAUGGGAAUACAGAGAGUAAGAAUUACACGAAAGCAUGUUAGAACACUUAAGUUUUGUGGACAGCUCAAUGCCAUGUGCUACAGUUCUUUCAAAUGAAGCAGUCAUUUUGUAUACAAGACUGCUAGACUGCUCUAAUUUUGGUUUGAUAUUUUUUUAUCUGAAGGCUGCACUGCGGCUAUUAUUACACAACAAGAUGAUGCAUUUAUUUAUAUAUACACAAAUGCCGUCCACUGUAUAUAGACAUUAUUAAAAAUACGGUGUACUUCUCGAAGUUAAAAAAUACCAAAUGCAUUUCUGUGAAACGUUUACAAUGUUUAAGCUCCACCUUUGCCUUUUUAAAGAUCAAACAAUACUCAAAAUGCCUCAAAUAUAUAUAUACAUAUAGGUGUAGCAGUCACCCCGGUGAGUAGAGGGGUUUCCACCGCAAGAGACGUCCUUUCCACCUAGUGUGACUAUAAUAUAUAGUAUUCCAAGUAGUCAUCCAAGCAGUGGCGUCGCUGGGAGGGGGCAUGGGCCCCCACCUACAUCAUGCUGUGCUCCCCCUUGUGCCCCCCAAAUGCUGGCAACUUGCUGGCCAUGUUCUUAAAUUCUAUUCCCUCGGACUGUAACACUCUGUGACAGCCCGAGGGAAUGAAGUCUGUGUGUGUGUGGAUGGACUCAGCAGUCUCUGUGUGUGUAUGGACUUAGCAGUCUGUGUGUCUGUUUGUGUGUGUAUGGACUCAGCAGUCUGUGUGUGUGUCUGUGUGUAUGUAUGGACUCGGCAGUUUGUGUGUGUUUGUGUCUGUGUGUGUGUGUCUGUGUGUGUGUGUAUGUACUCAGCAGAUGGUGUGUAUGGACUCAGCAGUCUGUGUGUGUAUGUGUGUGUGUAUGCACUCAGCAGUCUGUGUGUGUGUGUGUGUGUCUGUGUGUGUAUGGACUCAGCAGUCUGUAUGUGUGUAUGGACUUAGAAGUAUGUGUGGAUUCAGCAGUCUGCGUUUGUGUGUUUGUGUAUGGACUCAGCAGUCUCUGUGUGUGUGUGUGUGUGUAUGGACUCAGCAGUCUGUCUGUGUGUGUCUGUCUGUGUGUGUGUGUGUGGACUCAGCAGUGUAUGUAUGGACUCAGCAGUCUGUGUGUGUGUGUAUAUGGACUGUGUAUAUGGAUAUAGUGCCAACUAUGGCACUGUAUCAAGGGAAAUGUGUUUGUUUUUUAAUAACCCCUGGUGGAAAAUAAUGAAUCCUCCACCAGGGAUUAUAAAAAUAAAAAAAAACACAUUGUAUCAGGGGUGGGGCUUAACAUGCGGUACGGGGUGGGGUCAAACUGCGGCGAGGGCGGGGUUAAAUGUGUCCCCCUACUUUUGUCCCUGGCCCACCAUGUGUCCCCCCUAAAAAUGAAUCCUAGAGACACCAUUGCAUUCAAGCAGUAAGAGAAGCAGGUAUAAUGGGACUUUAAUGGGAGUCACAGCUGGCCUUCUAUGCAAGUCCCCAUGCAAGGGGUGUCUGGUGACAUAUUCCAGGGGCAUUCCCCAUUGGACCUGAGAGGGGACAGCCACAUAAGCACACACAUAAUUACAUUACCUCUCAGGUCCAGGACAUGCAUAAUAAAAAUACCCUAAAAUAUAUACUUAACAAUGAAGUACCCCUCGGAUAGCCUGGAUCUGAGCGCCCAACAUAUUUCGAAAUCACUCAUCCCAUGAAUGUAGCUGAAACGCCACUGGGGUAUAAUUUAGACCUACUGCCCACAAGGUGCCUGCCCAAAAUACUCCCUAGUUCCAUGCAUUAAGGCAGUCGGUCUCUUUCUGGAGUAAAAUACAUCACAUAUAAAUAUCAGUUCGUGCGUACGUUCCCAUAGUCUCUUUAGUUCGAGGAAUGUUUUCACUGAAAGCCAUUCUGUUCAUAAGAAUAUUGUCGAACAUCAGUAGGGAUGGAAGUUUCAGCGUUGUUCGUGCCGUUGAGUGUCCGAUUUUAGUUCCAUACCUUCGAUGACCAAACACAGCUGGCCGUGUUUGUAUCUCAAGAUGGCCAUCACCACGUGUUCGCACAUAUGAACAACAACCAUCCAGCUGACCGCUUAGAAUGUUGAGGUGUUUGUGGUUAUGGAGGUGUAAGUAGAGGUUAAUGGGGUUAAAAAGUGGCACACUCCACAUCUAGGUGGUCGGUCGUUCGGUAGUUUAUUCAUUAUUCGAAUGGGACAAUGUUAAUAUAGGGAAUAAACGUAUUUCACAGAACAAACAGAUGAAGGGAAUAAAAACUGUAAAAUCAGGGACAGGGAGAUCUGUCACAUUGCUCCCUCCUUGUGGAACACUCCGGCAGAACCGGUUUUACCUUUUUCAGGUCAACUUGGGGAUGUCCAGAUUUUUGCUACGUGCUGAGCUCCAUUUGACAGGACAAACCGUCAGCGUUGCCAUUCUGCUUACCGGGCUUAUUGUUAAUCCCCACAUUCACAAUGCCAGAUCCAGCUCCCCAGUUAAGGUUAACGCAUUUGAAAUGAAGAAGCAUAUAUUAAGAGUACAAAUUCAUUUGAUAUUUUGGGUCAAGAGCAAAUAGUGCUUCAAAUUGAGAUUUUUUGCCCUUAUUUGGAUCAACAGCAAAAAAUGUUGGAAGGCUGAACUUGAUGGACACAUGUCUCUUUUCAGCCUAUGUUACUAUGUAAUUAAGGAAUCAGUAAUGCAGGGCUUUUUUGGUACAGCGUGUAAUUUGGUAGUAGGGAGACGCACUUCCAAUUUUGCAACAAAUUAUGAAACAAAUUUGCUCUUGACCCAAAAUAGCAAAUUAAUUUCUACUCUUAAUAUAUGCUUCUUCAUUUCAAAUGCGUUCACCUUAACUGGGGAGCUGGAUCCGGCAUUGUGAAUUUGGGGAUUAUGGACAACUUGCCUGCAGAAGUUUUACUGGGGAAUUAUCUAGGAAUUACAAAAAAAAGCCUUGCAUUGCUGAUUCCUUAGUUACAUAGUAACAUAGGCUGAAAAGAGACAUGUGUCCAUCAAGUUCAGCCUUCCUCGUAUUUUAUUUUUUGCUGUUGAUCCAAAUAAGGGCAAAAAAUCUCAGUUUGAAGCACUUCCGAUUUUGCAACAAAUUAUGAAACUACUGUUUGUCCAGUGCAUUCCUUGUUGCUCACCAUGUGUCUUUGCACUAGAGUCAGGGUAGCUCCAUUGUCCCGUAAGGUUGGUUCUGUUGGAACCUAGGGGGUGCGCAGUAGCGAGGAGGACCUAGGGGAACCGGAGCACGGAACUCUGGGCGAGGAGGGGGUCUUUUAGUGGUCUGUUCCAUGCGCCUGUUGUCGGUGUAUUCAUCUGCCUGGCAGCUUCGGGUAAAGUGAGUGGUCUUCAGUCACGUACCCAUUCUCGCAGUUCAGGUUGCAGAGACUUUAAAAAGUGUUCUAGGAGGAACAGUUGCAGUACAUCCUCUCCUGAAACUGCUUGGCACCCGCCAACCCAAUGUGAAGCUGUACGGUGUAGGUGGCAGGCCCACUCCAUGUAUGAGUCUCCCCAUUUCUUCUUUGAUUCCCAGAAUUGUUGGCGAUAUGCCUCUGGGGUAAUGGCAUAACCAGUGAGUAAAGCCUCUUUAACUGAGUGAUAAUGUUGUAUGUCCUCAUCAGGGAUAGCCCGGAAGGCUUUGGCAGCUUUACCGGACAAAUUUCCUGAUAGAAUGGUAACCUAUUCUUCUGUGGGUACCUUAUGUAGUGCACACUGUCUUUCAAAAUCAUGAUAACCGUCUAUCUCCCCCUCGGUUUCCUGAAAUUGUUUAAACACUGAAAACGGCACCUUUUUCCGUUCUUCUGGGAGCAUAGUAGAUAUCCCAGCUGGGCUUUCGGGCCGUUGUAUUGUGGCUAGCCAUAGCUUAUCUUCCCGUUUUUCUUCGGCUUUGGCUUCCACUGCGCUGAAUACCUGGGUGAUCAAGUCCUCCGAUGGGUUCGGCCCAUACAAUGCCAAACAUAACCAAACGUCCCACAGCGCUUCGCCUUCCUCUGUGUUCGAGACAUUUACAUCUCCCAUUGCAGCUGUUUGGUCCAAUUCGACUAAUUCCACGAUCAGUUCCUGUCGCAGUCAGUUGAUAGCGGGACGUCCAUGGUUUUCCCAUACAUCCUUUAGGGUCAGUCUUUUCAGCUUGUCAUACUGACUCUCUAUUCGUGUAACACUGCCUCUGGGGAAAAAGAACCAUCCCACCACUGCCACCAAAUGUAGCGGUCACCCCGGUGAGUAGAGGGGUUUCUACUGCCAGAGACGUCCUUUCCCCCUAGUAUGAGUAGUGUUAUAGUAUUCCAAGUAGUAAUCCAAGCAGUAAGAGAAGCAGGUAUAGCUGGUAUAGCUGUUCCCUACAAUUACGAGACGAGGCUGCAUGUUGAGGGUGAACUGAUCUGACUUUAAUGGGAGCCACAGCUGGCCUUUUAUGCAAAUCCCCACACAAGGGGUUUCUGAUGAUAUAUUCCAGGGGCAUUCACCACUGGACCUGAGAGAGGACAGCCACAUAAGCACACACAUAAUUAUAUUACCUCUCAGGUCUAGGACAUGCAUAAUAAAAAUACUCCAAAAUAUAUACUUGACAAUGAGGUACUUGAAGGAGUAGUGCUUCAAGUGCUAUAUCCCCGGAUAGCCUGGAUAUGAGCUCCCAACAUAUCUCAAAAUCACUCAGAUCCCAUGAAUGUAGCCGAAAAGACACCGGGGCAUGGAUUAGACCAACCGCACACAAGACUCCUGCCCAAAAUAGUUCCAUGCAUUAAGGCUGUGCAGUCGGUCUCUUUCAGGAGUACCAAAAUACAUCACAUUCAUAUGAAUAUCAGUUUGUACAUACAUUCCCAUAGUCUCGAGAAAUAUUUUCACUGAACAUGGUUCUGCUCGUAAGAAUAUUGUCGAACAUUAGUAUGGAUGGAAGUCUCAGUGGUGUUCGUGCCGUCGAGUCUCCGAUUUUAGUUCCAUACAUUCGAUGACCAAACACCGCUGGCCGUGUUUGUAUCGCAAGAUAGCCGCUGCCAUGUGUUCGCACAUAUGAACGACGACCACCCAGCCGACCGCUUAGAACAUUGAGGUGUUUGUGGUUAUGGAGGUGUUACUAGAGGUUAAUGGAGUCAACGAGCGGCACACUCGGCAUCUCGGUGGUCGGUCGUUUGGGAGUUUAUUCAUUAUUCGAACGAGACAAUGUUAAUAUAGGGAAUAAACGUAUUUCACCGAACAAACAGGCGAAGGAAAUUAUAAAAUCCAGGAACAGGGAGAUCUGUCACAAUAAAUAUAAGUGAUAUUUACUCUCCAAAUUGUGUGUAACCCCUUCGGUGUGUUGAGAAGGGGAAGGGUACAAAAAGCUAGAGUUGUCGGAAAAUUAUAACAAUUAUAAAAUUAUUGGAACAAAGAUAUGGUUAUUGCGCACAUAGUAGAUGAUAUUUUCGUAUUAAGUAGAUCAUUCCUAGUUCUGUAAGUAUAAAAAACAUCAUAGGGUAAUAUAUCUUAACACAGAUAAUAUUAAGAAUACUUGGAAAAACUCACAAUAUUUAGAGCCUUUCUGAGUUGGCUCUAAACUAUAGUAGCAGGUACAUCAAUCAGAUGUGGGUAUAAGGAUUCAGGUCCUUCAGAAGGUGUCAAAUGUCUUCUGUGUUGAAAAUCAGGAACCAGGUCACCAAAGUAAAUAAAGGUUAGUAUAUUUAUUUAAACAUUAUAAAAUAAAGUAGAAAAAAGCACAACGCGUUUCGACCCAAUGCAAUGGGUCUUCCUCAGGUGCAUAUCUUAUAGCAUGUACAACAACAUUCUUAUAUAGCAUAAAUACCUAAUACAAAUAAAUCACAAACAUUAACAGCUGUGUGUUGAUAGACCGUCUCCUUCACCAUAUAAGGAGUAUUUCCAGCUGUAAUUUUGGUGUUCUCGCCUCUACCAAGAUGUCCGCCGUGUGGUUACUUCCUAUGGAGGUACAUCCGACCUUCCCAAGAUGGCAUCACGUCUAUGCCAUCUCGCGACUAAUUGCUGGAUAUUGCCACUUCCGGUUUCGUCCUGCUCCGAUCACGUGGUUUCGGGGGGCGUGGGCAUAAUUAUAUGUCAAUCAUUAGUUCAUACUGUGAUAUCGAAACAGUCUCUAUAUAGGGACUAUGAAAGCCAUGUAAAAAAUGGGACAUAAAGAGAAAGGGAAAGAGAGUAUGAGAAUAUAAGAUAGUGACAAUACACAUCAAAAAAAUAAUGACGAAAAUUUAACCAACAUGACAAAUGUAAAAUCAGUGUAAAAAUAUGGUAAUUUCGAAUUGAUAACAUACAGAAUAUAUGGACAAAUAUUUCUCUAAAACCUUAGACAAAAAAGGAAGGGAAUUUUUUUUUUUUUGACUAUACACUUUGGUGAUUUUCCUGUAUGCUGCACUGGUUCUACCUGAAAUAUUUUAUUUUGCUUGUAGCACCAUCUUUUUAUCUCUAUUUUCUUUUAAUUAUAAAAGUAUAACAGUGUUUCCAUAAACUGAUGAAUUAUGAAAGUGAAAAGUGUCAAUAGUCACAUAGUGAAUAAAAAACCUUUUUGCUGUAUAUAUGUGUCAAAAGGGUACUGAUGUAAAAUGUGUAAAUCUACUAGACAACAACUAGCUAAACUGCUGUAAAAGGGUUUCAUAAAUAACUAAGUGCUCAUUGACACAAGUAACAGAAGACUUAAAGAUAUCUAGUGCUACCAUAAGGUAACAUGGAAAAGUAAUGAAAACAUAUGAUAAUCAUCUCAAGGAGAGGCAUGUACUAACUAGGGAGACAGAGAAGAACCAAUGGCUAAAAUAAAUCAUACAAGGUUAUUCACUAAAGUCCUAUUGGUCCUCCACUGAACAAGGCAAAACAGUCUGGCUGUGCAUGAGGCAAUUCAGACUGCAAAACCCUGAUAUUAUUCACAUUAUUUAACAAUGUCUAGAUUUUGCAACUCGGGUUCUGAAUAAGCCUGAUAUAGGUCCAGAUUUCAGCUGGACCAAUUUAGCCAAAAAGCUGAAAUCAAGACCUGACUGCUUCAAAAUCGGACCGGAUUUAAAAUAAAAUCUGAACUAUUUUCCAGCUGACAACGGGGACUUUUUCAAUAAUUAAUGAAGGAUGGGCAGAUUACAGUUUACACCUCUAUACCACCUGUGUCCAGUGGGUGGGGAUAUGUCCUAGUAAAUGGGGGGACAUUUGUAUGUUCCAUCUACCCCCAUCCAUGGUCAUAUCAUAUUAAAGGGGGAGGACAUAAUGUUCAAACAUUUUAAUGAAUUUUCUUUAAAAUAUAGAAAAAUGUGAAAAAGAUAAAUAUUAUCGUGUUAGUAUUUUUUUCUCAUUGGUUUAUUUAUCAUGCUUUGCAGGAAGUGGAGUGCUUGCUAUUGCUCUCAUUGCUAUAUUCUUGGAUAACAUUGAUUUAAAUACAAGACAGGCAAAGGAUGACUUUAAAGAAGAAUCUUUUGGAAAAAAAAUAAUGGCAACUAUAAGGCAUCUAAAGGAUAAGCGUCAGUGUCUUCUCAUCCCACUAACAAUGUACAGUGGUUUUGAACAAGGAUUUCUUGCUGGUGAUUAUACAAAGGUAAUAGUAACUUAAAACUCAAUGUUGAAAAACCUUGUAAAAGUGCAAUGACACUAUCCACUAAUUUUAUUAUGGCAGAUAUGCACUGUAGUGUUGCAGUAAAUAUAAACAUAUAUUACAUACUUUGCCUUGCAUCUCAUUUACAGUUAUGUAUUGAUAAAGAUAGGAUGUAAUUUACUAAGGAAAUAUCACUGCAAUCCUUUGAAAACAUGCUAAUAAGAUCUAGUUCAGAGAAGAAUUAAAAGGACACUACCAAUAACAUAAACAGUAACUAGAUUGCGUGUGCAUUACAAGAAAAACCUCAUUAUAAUAAACACAUGCCCCUGUUUUUUCCCUUUCUUUUAAUUAUUUGCAUAUAAAAAGGAAAAAUAAAGUUAGGUGUUUUUCACCUGCAUCUAUUUUGUGGAUAUUUCCAUUACGCAACAUACACAAAAUAUUACAAAAUGGGGGGCAUGGCCAACUGCCGACCUGGAUGGACGCAUGCUAAACUAGCUCCUGGCAAUCCAGGCAGUAAAUUCAUAAUUUUAGAGGUAACACACAUAUAUGGGUAACCCCAAACGAGCCCAGAGUGGUCACUCCAUGUCGGGGAAGACUCCCUCGGGUAAAUCAGGCUCCCUAACAAAGCUAAAGUAGAAAAAGCAUAAGGAAACCUAAUACCUUAAACCAGGAGUGGAUAUCCACACACACAAAAAAAAAAUAAUAAAAAAAAUAAAAAUAAAAAUUGAAUAAACAAGAUUACUGGAUAGCUAUUGAAGCCAACAAAUGCAAUAUAGAGAUAUAUCUAUUACAAUUUGGUAAAGUGCACAGUCUUAAUGUAAAUAUAUAAAUGUCCAAAGACAGUCCUUAUAAUGUGUGCUCACAUAAAAAAAUCAAAUGGUUUAUACACCCCUACAUAUCUAGCAGGGAAACUUGCCAGUAUGAGCUAAUUCUAUAGUAACAGACUGAAUAAAAGUAGCGACUAUCAGUAUGUUACAAAAAGAAAGCAAACAGCCGUCAAAUGUAGCAGAAGUGUAACUGUGUGAACAGUUACACAUCUAGAAUAAAAGCGUUCCUUUAGCUGACCCAAGGUGGUGCUGUAUAGUAUAUAGAUCUUCCCAAAGUCACAAAAUAUUACUUAUAUAGACUUUAUUAAGCAAACAAGAUAAGUUAAAAAAUGCAAUUGCAUAAAAUCCGCUCACAAAAAGCAGAUAGAAGGGAACUUUACUGUUGAUGUCUUCCCCCCAAGUGUUACUGCAAACUCUCGGUAUACUGCCUCCUCAAAGCUGGCUUCAGAGAUAGUAUCGAUCGUGGUGAGAAACAACUCGUCGAGGGGAUCCACCGCGUGCGUUCCACUUCACUUCCGCAUGCGUUCCACUGUGAGCGUGUGUACGAAAAGAUGCAGCCUAACGCGUUUCGUGACUUCCUGUCACUUCAUCAGAGGUAUGCAUCUAUGGGAUGCCGGUCGGGUUUAAAUACCCCUUUGGCAAAAUAUUAACCCCAUCCUUACUUUAUGAUAAAAAAAUAAAAAACAGCAUCUGCCUGUCACUAUGUCAAUAAUACAUUGAAACAAAUUAUAAAGAGAUACUUCUCCUCAAGCAUAUAAAAUGAAAGCAAUAUAUAAAAACAAUAUAUAAAAACAAUAUAUAGAAAACAAUAUAUAAAAAAUACAUCAAAAUAAAAGACUUACAUUAAAAGCAAGCUCAAUUAUUACCACUUACUUAAUUCAUUAAUUUAAAACAUGGAUCAAUCUCCCUCAACUAAAAACACAAAUUAAUUAAAAACAGAGAGGAAAAAAUUACUGAGGUUAUUAAGAAAUACACAUAAAAGUUCAUCAUAUGGAAUAUUGCAAUAAUACAUCCGGGAGCAACUUGUCAUAAAAAAAAAUAAAUUACAAAAAAGCAUUCAAUUCAAAGUCCAAGUUAAGACCCUUAGGUUCUAAAGUAUCCAACUGGAAAAUCCAUUUUGCUUCUGCUCUAUCAAGAACUUUUUCAAAAUCGCCUCCUCUCCAAUGCAGAAAAACUUUCUCUAUAGCCAUAAAAAAUAGUUCUCCUGGAUCACUAGAGUGCGUAAUUUGAAAAUGUCUCGAGAGGUUAUGUGUUGUAAGGCUCUUUUUUAUGUUCCGGAUAUGUUCAGCUAUCCUGACUUUAAAUGGUCUUUUCGUCCUACCGAUGUAAUAUUUACCACAUGGGCAGAUAAGUAGAUAGAUUACUCCACUUGAAUUGCAAUUUAGGUGUCCUAACAUAAUUCUUUUUUUCCCUAUCGUUUCAAGUGGAAUUUUUUCCUCUUGGUUCUUUCUGAUUUUUAACUUUACUAUUCACACCUGUUGGGAAAGAAAAUUAUGGCUCUUAAUCGCAAUCUGGAUUUUAUUAGGGAGACAAGGAGAAAUAAUUUUAACCAGAUGAUGCUUGAGGAUUGUGCAAUAAAAAAUGAUGAAAAAUAAGAAUCCCCCUCUACAAAAAGACCUGCAGACACUAGAUCUAAAAUUUAUAAACUUGGAGAUUUAUUGGAACAGGAGACACAGAUAUGGUGGGAUAUUACUAGUUUUGAAUUCUAUGUGGCUAAUAAUAUAGUACCAAGGGGAUUAAGAUGACAAAAACCCCUAGCUUAUAAAAAUAAAGAUGAAAGGAUCCUAUUGAAAUGGGAUCAGCUCCUUGACAAAGGUUCUCUAUUAUUGAUCAUUUUUCUGAUUAAUGAGAAAAAAAAGGAACUAGAGUUAAUUGAAAUUGAAAUUGAAAAACUUAAAUCAGAGAUUACCCCAGAAGUAGAAGACGGUACAUUCGCUGAACUGUUGGACAAAAUUGAGAGAAGAGUAAAAGAUUUGGAAGUUAAGAUAAAAGAAGGAAAAAGAAAGAAAAUAAGUAGAGAUAAGGAAGAUUAUGAGAAAGGGAUACAGCGAAAUUGGAAUAAACAUAGAAAUAUACGUAAUCUCCAUCAUACACAACAUCAUGAAAGAAAUCAAAUUCCACCUUUACAGCAGGGAAGAAAACCUAAUGAAAGGGUCAGUAAAAAUAUGUCCCACCAUAAUAGGGACGAUAUUAGGAGACCCUACCGAAAGACCUCCACGCCAAAAGGAAGAUAUCCUUUGCAGCAUAAACCCCUUACACCAAGAAGGAGAUAUAAUACAUUCCGGAACACAAGAUGGGAAAAUGAACAAGUAAGAACUCCGUAUAAUGAGAGAAGACACAUUAGUGACUGGAGGACUGUUAAUCAUAACGCUAGAGUCCCACACUGUAAUUUAGCCACAACGACUAAGCCAGUGGAGAGUCACCCUGAGCGGAUUUCCCAGGUAUCUUUUUUAGGGAAUCUCCUGGAACAAAGGGAGGAGACAAGAACAGCUUUGAAAAAAACAUGGAGAGAGCGGAGGGAUCCCCCUUGGUCCCCAGUGGAAAGGAAAAGACCAAGAAGAGAAGAAGACACAGAACGAAGAGACUAA